CUCAACUUUUUCCACCAUUAACGUGUAAUCUACUUGUCAAAGCACACAUACACAUAACAACGACGCAUUAUUCGCCGUCCCUUAUUAUAUACAUCAUGUGUCGAUUCACAUCUUGAAUCUUCUUCAUAUACUCAUCUCUCUCGUCUUCUCUCUUCAUCUGUAGUGAUGAAUCAAUAAACAUUGCUCAUCCUUGUCACAUCUCUCAGAUCUGAAGUUUUCUAGUGUCAGGUGUAAACUUGAGAGGGACAAUCCUGAGGGUAAGUAUGGCAAUAGGAAAGUACUCCAGAGUUGAUGGCCGGAAAUCCUCCUCAAGUUACUGUUCUACAGUGACAAUAGUUGCAUUUGUUGCUCUUUGUUUAGUGGGAGUAUGGAUGAUGACAUCGUCAUCUAUAGUCCCCGGCCAGAACACUGAGGUAUCUACUCUGGAGAAGAAAUCCGACUUGAAGGACCAAGUACUUGAUACUAAACAGAGCACUUCUAGCAGCGAGAAUAGUGAUGGAAAUGGUAAGCAAUUUGAGGACAAUAGUGGUGAUUUGCCUGACGAUGGAUCAAAAAAUGAUGACAAUAUCAGCAAAUCUCAGGAGGAAAGCAAUGAUUCUGAGGAUAAAACUAGUCAGACUGCCACAGAAGACAACCAAGAAGAGAAGACUGUAAAAGAGAGUGUAGAGGAGGAGUCUAAGUCAGAAGACACAUCCAAGACUGAAAGUGAAAGUCAAGAAGGUAAAGAGGAUGUUGAUUUGAAACUAGAAAAGAAGGAUGACUUCGAAUCUACUCCAAACAAGGAAUCUGAAGUCGGGGAAACAAAAACAGAAGAUGAGAACGAGAACAAACCAAAUCCAAAUGAGACUGAGAAUAAACCAGACAACUCUAAUGAGGUUAAAGACCAGGAUAAUGUUGGUGAGAAUAAAGAAGAGAAGGACAUAAAAACAAACGAGCAGUCUUCUGCUGAAGUAUUUCCUGCAGGCGCACAGUCAGAGCUUUUAAACGAAACCACCACCCAAAAUGGGGCAUUUUCAACUCAGGUUACGGAAUCUAAGAAUGAAAAAGAAUCGCAGAAGUCGUCUCAAUCUGAUGAACAAAGUGGAUAUAACUGGAAACUAUGCAAUGUCACUGCUGGCCCAGAUUUCAUUCCUUGCCUUGAUAACUUGCUAGCUAUUAGGAGCCUUCGAUCAACAAAGCAUUAUGAGCACAGAGAGAGGCAUUGUCCAGAGGAUCCUCCUACCUGUCUCGUUCCUCUUCCAGAAGGAUACCAGAAAUCCAUUGAGUGGCCCACUAGCAGGGAAAAGAUAUGGUAUCAUAAUGUUCCACAUACAAAGCUGGCUGAGGUUAAGGGACACCAGAACUGGGUUAAAGUUAGUGGUGAUUAUCUUACCUUUCCUGGUGGUGGAACCCAGUUUAAGCACGGUGCACUUCAUUAUAUUGAUUUCAUUCAACAGUCUGUACCUGAUAUUGCCUGGGGAAAGAAAACUCGAGUGGUGUUGGAUGUUGGGUGUGGGGUUGCUAGCUUUGGAGGCUAUCUUUUUGACAGAGAUGUGCUCACCAUGUCUUUGGCCCCGAAAGAUGAACAUGAAGCUCAAGUUCAAUUUGCACUUGAAAGAGGAAUCCCUGCUAUAUCUGCUGUAAUGGGCACCAAGAGACUACCAUUCCCUGGUAGAACAUUUGAUGUUGUCCAUUGUGCUCGUUGUAGGGUCCCCUGGCAUAUUGAAGGUGGUAAACUUCUGUUGGAGCUGAACCGCUUACUUCGGCCUGGCGGUUACUUCGUGUGGUCUGCCACUCCUGUUUACCAAAAGCUUGCAGAAGAUGUUGAAAUCUGGGAAGCCAUGAAAACGCUAACGAAAGGAAUGUGUUGGGAAGUUGUUUCAAUAACAAAGGACAGAGUAAACGGAGUAGGUAUAGCAAUAUAUCAGAAGCCAAUGACAAACGAAUGUUAUGUACAAAGACCACAAGGUGAACCUCCACUUUGCCAAGAAUCCGAUGAUCCAAACGCAGCCUGGAAUGUUCCACUGCAAGCUUGUAUACACAAAGUGCCUGUGGAAGCAACAGAAAGAGGGUCUCAAUGGCCAGAGCAAUGGCCAGAAAGGUUAACAAAGUCACCUUAUUGGUUAUUGGGCUCUCAAAUUGGAGUUUACGGAAAACCUGCACCUGAGGAUUUCAUGACAGACUAUGCACAUUGGAAGCGUGUUGUGAACAAGUCGUAUCUGGGCGGUAUGGGAAUUGAUUGGUCCUCUGUAAGAAAUGUCAUGGACAUGAAAUCUAUUUACGGAGGGUUUGCUGCUGCUCUAAAGGACAUGAAGAUAUGGGUACUGAAUGUGGUCCCAAUAGACUCACCCGAUACACUUCCGAUUAUCUUCGAGCGAGGAUUAUUUGGAAUUUAUCAUGAUUGGUGCGAGUCACUUAGCGCCUAUCCUAGAUCCUACGAUCUUCUUCAUGCUGAUCAUUUAUUCUCCAAAAUCAAGAAAAAAUGCAACUUCAUGGGGUUGGUAGCGGAAACAGAUCGUAUUCUUAGACCAGAAGGAAAACUGAUUAUUCGAGACCAUGUAGAUAUAAUAAGCGAGCUGGAGAGUUUGUUUAGGGCAAUGCAAUGGGAGAUCCGAUUAACUUACUCCAACGACAAUGAAGGGCUUUUAUGUGUCCAGAAGACCAUGUGGCGCCCCAUCGAGACUGAGACAAUCUCUUAUGCCAUUGCUUGAGAGAAGCUCAUCGAGGUUCUUCUACUGACAAUCAAUGCCCCUCCGAAUGGCACGUCAAAUAGGUACAAAAAUUCAAUUGUGUUAUGAAACCGAAAAAAAAAAGACUACCACAUUGUAUUCUUUCCAUGAGCAAAGGCUAGCAUAUGUAUCAUUAUAAUCUUCUUCCAUAGAUUUAAUUUUUUUGUUUUGUUUUUGGUUAACUUUAAUGUUCUCAUUUUCCAAGUGCUGUUUAGAUUGUAAUAUUGAAGAAUAUUAUUGCUAAUGGAGGAAAAAAUAAUAUCAUUCUUCA